AUGGUGUUUGACCCAAAACGCGCCAGAAAGGCGUCAUGCCGUGUGUGGCUAGCUCUAGCUGCACUGGGCACUGUCUUGGGGGUGCACAAGGGGGUGAGCGUGCAUUUAAGCUCGCAGUUCGGUCAACUGCUCGCUUCAGCGGUGACCUCAAGAAGAAGCCACGUGACCGCGGGAUCGGUUGCACCAGGGGAGGACGAUCCCCACGUCGGGAGCUCCUUCACUGAGUCCUCUCCUUUAGAAGACACCCCGGCCAGUAGUGAGCGAACCCAUCCCCGUUUGCUCUUUGAGAGGACUCGCAGGCAACUGGAUCUAGGCACUGGAAAUGCCAGAGACACGCAUGUGGCGGUGGACGCCCCGCCUCGUGCACUAGCUUCUUAUGGCCACAGUCUGCUUCAGCACUCGCGGGGGGCCGCAAGAACUGUUGGGCGCCAUGUGUCUGGAGCGUCCGGGCGGCUCGCCCACUUCAGGGGAUCGCGAUUAGAGGAACCAGGUUCUUCGUCGGAUGCGAGUUUUGCAGACCUGGGUCAACCAGAGGGAGCUGACCUCGCGCUGGUUCAUGGCAUAGAGCCAGGGGACUCCAUUGUCAAGCACCUUUUGACACUGGUAUCGAAGCAAAUCCACCCAGUCGAUCGCCAGGCGGGGGCAUUCAGGACACUGGACAAAGGGCUCUCCGCUACGUUCUGGCCACAGGACGUGACCGUGGAAGUGGUCUCGGUGCGGACGGGAGCGCCACGGCGGCUCCGAAGGGGGCCCGUCUUCGGCAGGGGCGACUUCGGGAUGGUGUUCACGGCUUCCGACGUGGACACCGGAGCAGAGUUCGCCGCAAAAGUUCCUAUUGCUCUCCGCGAGCCUUUCAAGAUGUCACAAGAGGAUGUGAUGGCAGAGGGUCGUUUAACUGAUGCGUUCGCCACGGUCAAAGACCCAAGGGAAGCUCAAGCCGUUCUUCGAUUCUUGGUCCCCACCGACAUGGUGCAGUUUCCAAACAAGGAGACCUUCGCUGUCGCUAUCCCUGGCUCGCGAACGUUGAUCGGAAAUGUUUUCUUCUUGAUGCCGAAGGCCUAUACAGACCUUCAAGAUGUUAUCAACGCAAUGUGUGAUCCUGCCGUACGGGACAGCGACAUCGUGUACCAUGCCCGCCUACAGCUAUCCUAUGAUCUAAUACGGCUGGUGGCCAAUCUCCAACGCCAAGGAGUCGUGCAUGGUGACUUCAGAGAGGCUAAUCUUCUGGUGAUGAAAGACGGGCGUCUGUUUCUGGCUGAUUUUGGCUCAAUGCGCAAGGAAGGGCAAAAAACCCAUCGCGGAGACUCGCUAACCGCACACAUCAAAGAUGAGGUUAUGGAACUCGGAUCGGUGUUAACGAAUCUAUGGGGCAUAGAGUUGGGCUACUUCCUAGCACUCGAGCACAGUCCAAACAAACCGAUGGAAACAUGCGGCCCGCCGCCUCCCCAGUACAUGGUACGCCUGAUAAAAGAAUUUCACAGUAGUUGGCCCGCCAAGCCGCUGCUUCCAGUGGAAGCGCUGGAGACUCCUGGAGCGAAGCAACUCGUAGAAGAGAUAAACAGCUUCCUGCCACUCUAUAAAGAGGAGACGAGAACGUGA